UUUUUUUUUUCAUUCCUUCCUUCAUCAGAACCUCAUCGCUUCUUGACUUUUGCACCUUGUUUAGUUUUAUUUCAAAAGAUAUAAUGAACACUGCUACGGUGGACACCACGAAUACCGGAGACAAUUCUCAGGCACAGGACAACAAUACAUCAAAAGUUGCCGAUAACAACGAUACUGCGGCAACAUCAACAUCAUCAGCAACAACACCUACACCGACGACGAUAACUACUCCCACAACCAAAGAUGAGGAUAAUAAUGUAGAAAAAAAGAAGCACGAAGGAAAACAAGAAGGAGAAGGAGGAGAAGAAAGAAAAGAUGAUAAAGGCAAGGAUACCAAGGACCAACAGCAACAACAGCAGUCCUUUACACAAGCUGUUUUCUCGGGAUUCAACCCUCCAAAGAUCUCCACUCCUGCAUUCUUCUCCUCCAUGCAGGGCAAGAUCCAAUCUACUCUGUCAGGCGCCAAAUCUCCAACACAACCUUCACAGGCCCCACAGACCUCACCCACUCCGCAGAGCUCACAUAUCCCACAUAUCCCACAUAUCCCACAGAUCAAUAAAGUGGACAUCAAGCAGAUCCAGGCCAGUACUGAGCAAUUUGCAAACACCACCAAGGACUGGGGUGUGAACGCGUUCAAAUCCUUGAGCAAUGCAGCCCAACGGGUCAGUGCCAAUGUCACACAGGGGAUCCAAAAGGAGCAUGAGGAAUUCCUUCGACAAAAGAAAAUGGAUACUGUGGUGCCACGUCAAGGAACAGAGACAUUGCCUGUUUGGGCUGGCCUACCUAAUGAAGAAAAGAUCAAGGCCCAGAUCCUCAGUUUAUCAAAGGACCAACGCAACUUCUUACUUCCACCUCCUCCAGGAACCAAUUUUGUCUUUGAUAUGAAUGCUUAUUCUUCCGCUGCGAUGGCGACUUUGAAACAAGAUCCUAAUCUGGACAAGAUGAGGUUUUAUUUGGUUCCCAAGGAAGUGGAGGAGUUGGUCUUUUGGAGGAAUUAUUUUUAUAGAGUCUCAUUGUUGAAACAAGUGGCCCUUUCUAAAGCAGCAGGUUCAGGAACAGGAACAGGAGCAGGAACAGGAACAGGAACAGGAACAGGGGAAGAAGGAGAAAUAGAAGCAUUCACAGAUGAUGCAACUGAAGGCACGACUGAUGGAAGCAAUGGCAACAACGACAGUAGCAACCAUACUACUCGUAGUGGUCAUGGAAGGAAACCAUCGUUGGGAUAUAAUAUUUACUUUGGAAAGGAUGAUGUCCAGGGACCACCCAUGACAAGACGAUCUAGUAGUAGUAAACCCGAUUCUGCCAAUGUGAAAAAGGACUCUGUUACAUCUACCACCACCAUUACUACUACUACUACUACUACUACUACUAAAGUACCAGCCAAAAAGCAGGAAAAGAAACCUGAUGUACUCUUUGAAGCUGAAAUGCCUGACCAUGAUGAGGAUCCAGAUGCAUGGCUUGAGAAACAACUUGCUUCAGGUGUAUCUAUCAGUGGUGGUGGUGGGGAUGAUGAUGGAGGGGUGGAUGUGGAUGUCGCAGACUGGGAGAAAGAGCUGCAGAAUGAACUUAAAGACUAUGUUGAUGAAUCCUGAACCCGGCAAAAAGCAUCCUUAUCCCAAACAUUCCUAG